CUUAUUGUCUUUUUGUUAAAUUUACAAAAUAUGAACUGUACAUUGCCCAUAGAUUUUUCAAAUUUACUUGAAAAUCCUGACGAUUAUGAUGUGAAAAUUAUAGUUGGUAAAGAAGAAAAUAUUAAGGAAUUUAAAGCACAUUCGUUAAUUUUAUCUUCUAGGUCAAUCUAUUUUAAAAAUGGAUUAUCUGCACGAUGGGCAAGAAAAGAAGAUGGAAUCAUCAUUUUUAAUAAACCUAAUAUUUCACCUUUGGUGUUUGAGGUUAUUAUAAAGUAA